AAUGCCAGAAUUCCCAAUUUGUGGAUGGAAGCUUUAGAUGGGAGCUCUUGGGGGAAGAACUGGUGUCCGGUUGCCUUCCUAAAAUGUCUUGAGAAUUUCUAGAAAUAUAUAUGUAUGGAACAUGCACCUGUGAAACUAAAAUGUUGUCGAAUCCAAAUUCAAAGCACAGCUCGUUCGACCUGACAGGAAUACCGAAUCCCAAGGCGCGACCAGGUGAUGAAGCCUGGAACAGAGGAUAAAGCCUCGACACGCUAAGGUUACUAAACACGGCUGAUGCAUAACCGAAUAUGCAAUGGAUGUUUUCUGGAGUACAUUUGAAGUUAAUCGGUUUCGCAUCGCCAUGCUUGUUGCAGUAGGUUUUUGAUGUUGCAGUGUGAUGUCAUUUGGUUGGAGGUCUCGAUCACAAAACUCAAACCCCGAAAUCUCCCUCCUGCUCCUGCUCCAGUCCGAUGCAGGCCACCCUCAAGGUCAAGGCCCUCCUAGCGUCCCCGGCUCCUCUCCCCGCGCGCCUCGUCCUCGCAGCCCAAGCUCUGCUGCUCACCUCCGGCAUCGCCGUGGACGCCGCCGUCCUCGCGCAUUUCGCCAGGCACCUCGCCUCCGCACGCGCGCCCGCGGACGCCGUCCACGCGCUGCUCCGCCUGCGUGCCUCCGCGCACCCGUUCAACGCUCUCAUCUCCCACCUCACCCUCUCCGGCGAGCCCUCCUCCGCCUUCCGCACCUUCGCGGCCCUCCUCGCCGCGGGCCGCGGCGAGCCCCGGCGGCCCGACGGAUACACGCUCCCCGCCACGCUCAAGGCGUGCGCGCGGCUCGGUGCUGGUGGCGAUGAUGGCGGCCUCCGCGAGGGCCGCCAGGUGCAUGCGGUCGCGGAGAAGGGCGGGUUCCUGGGCCGCCUGCCCGUCCGGAACGCGCUGGUCACGCUCUACGGCGUGUGCGGCGAGUGUGGCGACGCGAGGAGGGUGUUCGACGAAAUGGCUUCGCGGGACGUCGUGUCUUGGACGGCGCUAGUGUCUGCGUUCGUCAGAGGAGGGAGGUUCGCCGAGGCGCUCGUGCUGGUUGGUCAGAUGGACGUUGUGCCGAACGAGGGAACACUGGCAUGCGUGCUGGUCGCGUGUGGGAGACUGGGGGCGGCGCGGGCUGGGAAGGCCGUGCAUGGGUGGUAUCUCAGGCGGGAGAGCGACCUGAAACUCAUUGUUGGGAAUGCAGUUUUGGAUAUGUAUGUCAAGUGCGAGAAGCUGGAUCUUGCAAGACGGGUGUUUGACAGGCUUUUGGUGAGGGACGUUAUUUCUUGGACGAUCAUGAUAAGUGGUUUGGUGCAAUGCAAGCUUCCGAGUAAGGCAUUGGAGGUGUUCAAUGAGAUGCAGAAAUCACGGGUCAAGCCAGACAAGGUUGUUCUUUCCACUGUCCUAUCAGCUUGCACGAGCUUGGGCGCGCUGGAGUCUGGGAGGUGGGUGCACGAAUAUAUAGAACGUAAAGGCAUCGAGUGGGAUGUGCAUGUGGGGACUUCGUUGGUUGAUAUGUACGCAAAGUGCGGGUGCUUGGAAACUUCUCUUUCCAUCUUCCGUAAGAUGCCCCUCAAGAAUUUAUCCUCUUGGAAUGCUUUGAUCAAUGGGUUUGCAUUGCAUGGUCAUGGCAGGGAAGCUCUUGAGCACUUUGACAGAAUGGUAGCUUCAGGCUUGGCCCCAAAUGAAGUCAGCUUUAUAAUCGUCCUUGGUGCAUGCUGCCACAGUGGUUUAGUGCAAGAAGGCCUCCAGUUGUUUGAGUCGAUGAAAAAUUCAUACAAGCUCUCGCCAUGGGAAGAGCACUAUGGUUCUGUGGUCGAUCUACUUGGCAGAGCUGGGCUCAUCCACGAAGCAUAUAGUGUAACUAAGGCCAUGCCGAUGAGGCCUGCUGUGUUUACAUGGGGAGCCCUGCUGAGUGCAUGCCAAGCUCAUAGGCAAGUGGAUUUUUCACAGCAGAUUCUUAGGCAUGUCCAUGAAUUGGAGUCCUCUGAGAGUGGGGUUUAUGCUCUCCUCUCAAAUAUAUAUGCUGUGAAUCAUAGGUGGGCUGAUGUGAAGAGGGUGAGAGGGCUGAUGAGUGAGAAAGGCUUGCAGAAGGAACCAGGAUCCAGUGUGAUUGAGGUGAAUGGUAAGACCAGUGAAUUCGUAGUUGGACAGAAGAACCACAAAAAUGUGGAUGAGAUAUGUGCAAUGCUCUCCAUACUAAUGGAGCAAAUAUAUUUGGAUGGAUUGUAGAUUUUGAUCUUAUGCAUUUAAAUAACAUCUUCUUAAGUUUGUUGGUACCAGGGGACAUGAGAUUUAAGUGGUUAUUGUGUACUGCUAGCAUCAUCCGGCUACUUCUCUGGGUGACUGAUGAUCAAGUCUGACCUUGGCUUGGCUACUGCAAAUUUAUGUUGUUACUGUUUGCUGCUCCUGACCUCGUAUACAUAUGCAUCGUUUUCUGGCAUUCUUAAAUAUGAACCAACAGCCAAGUGGUGUACACAGAAAUGGCGAGACAUCAUUAACGCUGAAUAUCUUCAGCCUCUCUUCAGUGCUUGGGCUAUGAUUAAGGGUGAACAGCAUCAUAUCUGGUGGAUUUAGGAAUGAGCCGAAUAGACUUGGACUCUGAACGUUACAACUUACAAGCCACUGGCAUAAACCCAGACUGAGUUGUCAAGUAAUCAUUUUAUACCAGGCGACGCGAAAAGUUACCAAAUCUUUUAUGUCAGAUUGAGUAGAGAAUUGAGACGGAUAUAGUUUGUAAUAUGCACAUAACUGCACCAAGAGCUAUGGGCAGCUAAAUAUGAACCUUGUAAACAGGCUGCUGAGGAUUAGUCCCUGAAGUUAUCUUGAAGCCUAGGAGACCUAAAAUGCUCUGAAGGAAUCUGAGAUAUCAUUAGUUGCGUUCAGUUAUGAUAUCCUGCACUUGACAUAUUAGUUGAUCAAUGUUACAUGUUAGUUCAUGAAUGUCAUGUGCUUUUGAACAUGGCGGAUACAGUUGUUGGAUAUGUCAUGAUUAUAUUUUCCUCACUGAAGAAGAUAAAAAAUGUUGUUCAAGCGUCUGCCUCCACAUCCAUUCUCCCUUUGGCAAUUGAAGAACACUGCCGCCACAGCAGGUCCAAGACUAUAAAAUGCUGAAAAGUCUCUUGUAUUGAAAUUUUGUCUCCAUCCAGGUGCAUAUAUAGUUUGCCGGACAGAUUGGCGGAAGAGUAUAAAGACACAGCGAUGUAUUCCUGCAGUUGGUCUUGGGCUUUCGUAACUGACAACUUCAUUUACUGUAACAAAAUGUGUGCUAACAUGUUAGAGUUAGUUCAGGCGAGUAUGUACAUAUGAAGAAAUUUUUGCCACGAACCAAUGUGGAAGACAGGAAAACAUGCUGCUUACUACCCAGAUGGACCAGGGAAUAGACCUAUAAACUCAUUUUCUUUUUGGUGCUGAAAGUUUACCAGUCCCUUAUCCGGUAGUUUUAUAAUGCCAUCCCUCGUACCAUGUUCUGUGUUCCAAUAAAUUUGAGGUGACUUCCGUCAGGAUACAAACUCAAAGAUUCAGUCAAAGGACAUUGAUUGUGAUGUGUAGCAUGCAUGUGAUGCUAGUAAAUUUCAAAGAAGCUCAUCACACGAUGUACUUCUCCCCCAGCUUGCCGGGUGGAAUAUGGUCUCUGAGUCGUUGCGCUACAUAAGUGCCUUAUUCUUAAUACAGAGACGUGCUUCCAGGCACGUCCGAGGGAAUAUGAUCUCUGAGGAGUGAGGGUAAGGUCUUGGUAGUGCAGCUUCUUAUGAACACUCACAAAGGAAUAUGUCCGCGGAGUUGAUGGACUUUAGAUAAAGAGAAGGCGGAAAGCAUAGAUAGAUAAGGUCUACUACAUUUUUCUCUUCGCUAAUAGGGCUUCCAUGGAAUCCCAUCUUAUUCCAAGUGAUCAUGGGUUUUAUGUCUUCUGAUUCCAUGUCCCACUAACACAGCGGCAGGGCCCUCUCUCUUGGGUUGAAUUGAAGAAUCCUCAGGUUUCUCGGUUCUCGCAAACAAUAAUCGAGGCAGAUGACGAAGAGGGAUUCCAGAAAUUGGAGUGACACCUGAAAGUAAAUUUUUAACGAGUUGAUCAAUGAAACAUUGACACCUGAAAGACAAUUUUUUUUAACGAGUAGUACUACUAAACACGGGAAUUAAUUUUCUUCCGGAUCCAGCGGGGAAAUGUUCGCUUGGAAAUAUACCGUGUUUCAGGCAA